AUGUCUCCUUGUGUCUGGCUCAUCACUGGCGCUAACUCAGGCUUGGGUCUCGCCCUAGCUGAGCAUGUCCUCUCGCGCGGCGACAAGGUCAUAGCAACUGCGCGAAACAUUGCGAAACUUCCGGCUUCUCUUGACACUGCAUCACCCCUGCAGCUCGAUCUCAACUCUUCCCCAGCCGAAAUCAAAGCGGUCGGGCUUAAAGCAUUAGAAAUUCACGGUCAUGUUGACGUUCUAGUCAACAUGGCUGGGUAUGGCCUCGAAAGUCCAGUUGAAGAGCUCGACCCGACCGAACUCAUCGCACAGUUCCAGACCAACUUUUUCAGCGCUAUAUACCUCAUACAAGCCUUGCUUCCGUCCUUCCGCUUCCGCAAGUCGGGCACCAUCCUAAACGUCUCCUCCAUCGGCUCAAUUGAUGCCGCUGCUGGGCUUUCAGCGUACACCGCGUCCAAGGCCGCGCUUGACGCGAUGUCGGAGGCGCUUGCACUAGAGCUCGCGCCAUGGGGCAUCCGCGUCUUUAUCGUUCAGCCUGGAUUCUUCUACACGAACUGGUUCGCCACUGCGGCUUCCAUAGGAGAAGCAAGCCGCCGUGCGCCGGAAGAGUCCGGGAAGACGGGCGUGUACACCGACCUCUAUGGAUUGUCGUCGCGCAUCUUGCCGUACAAUCUGGGCAUCCGGCGAGUAGGGGACACGCAAAAGGCGGCGCAGAGGAUGUUCGAUGUGGCUACGGGGACGGGACUUGCGGAGGGCUUGGAAAUGAAGGAAGGCUGGCUCCGCGUGUUAUUGGGCAGGGACUCUGGCGAGCGGUUCUUGAGCAGGGUGCAGACGUGGAAGGAAAAUGUGGAGGCCACCGAGAAGAUAUGGAGUUCGACAGAAAUAGAUCCUGCCAAGCUCGAAGAGAUGAGGAGAGAGGCUGGGCUCGAUUGA